UUGGGAAAGACAACAUUAGCUCAGCUCACAUUCAAUCACGAGACAAUUGAAAAAUGUUUUCAGCUAAAAAUGUGGGGGUGUGUUUCUGAUGUCUUUGAUGUAAAAAAACUAGUUGGAAAAAUCUUGGAAUCUACAACAAACAAGAAACCAGAAGAUGUUGAAAUGAGUACAUUGAUCAGUUUUCUUAAAAAAGAAAUCGAUGGUAAGAAAUACAUGCUUGUCUUGGAUGAUGUGUGGAAUGAGGAUCCUGAAGAAUGGUUUAAGUUGAAACAACUGCUAAUGGGUGGUGCCAGGGGCAGCAAAAUAUUAGUAACCACGCGCAGUAAAAUGGUUGCCAAGAUUAUGCACGCAGGUAAACCAUAUCUAUUAGAGGGUCUAGACAAACAUGAGUCAUGGUCUCUAUUUCAACAAAUGGCAUUUGGAAAGGAUCAAUUAGAAAAUUUAGGAAUCGUGUCAAUCGGAAAUGAGAUUGUCCCUCUUGCCAUCAAGACAAUUGGAAGGCUAUUGUACUUGAGAAACCCAACAACAGAGUGGUUGUCUUUUAAGGAUAAUGAACUUUCAAGAAUAUCUCAAAAUGAAAAUGACAUACUACCAACUAUUAAGUUGAGUUAUAAUCAACUACCACCAAAUUUGAAACAGAGUUUUGCUUAUUGCAGUUUAUUUCCAAAAGAUCAUGAGAUCGUUAAAUCAACAUUGAUUAAUCUUUGGAUAUCACAAGGAUAUAUCAAGUUAUCAGACCAAAAUCAAUGCCUCGAAGAUCAUUCUUUCAAGAAGCUGAAAUAG